AUGUCUUCCUCUUCUUCUCAUAAGACUUUUCUUUACUCUUUGGCAGUGUGUUCUCUUAUAUUUCAAUGCUAUGCUGAUGGUAACCUGACCUCAACACUUGUUGUAGAUGGUUCCAUAGGAUCUGGAAGGCAAAUUCCGGACACAUUUUUUGGAGUAUUCUAUGAGGAGAUCAAUCAUGCUGGUGCUGGCGGAUUGUGGGCAGAGCUUGUGAGCAAUAGAGGAUUCGAAGCUGGAGGCACCAAUGAUUCCUCAAAUAUUUAUCCAUGGUCAAUUAUUGGAGACCAAUCCUCUAUACUCGUAUCAACUGAUCGUACCUCUUGCUUUGAACGCAAUAAGAAUGCAUUACGUAUGGAGGUUCUUUGCCAAGGGCGCUUAUAUUGCCCUCCCGGUGGCGUUGGUAUCUCUAAUCCUGGUUAUUGGGGCAUGAAUAUUGAGAAAGGGAAGAAGUAUAAAGUAGUAUUCUACGUCAAAGCACUUGAUGCAAUUGAUCUAAGAGUUUCAUUGGUCGGAUCUGAUGAUGGUGUAAAAUUGGCUUCAAGAAAAAUCAGGGCCUUUGGACAAUACGUUUCAGAGUGGAGAAGGAUGGAGACUAUACUGAAAGCAAGGGCUACAAAUCAUAAUUCAAGCCUUCAAAUAACAACAAAGACUAGAGGGGUUGUAUGGUUAGAUCAAGUGUCUGCUAUGCCCAUGGACACUUAUAUGGGUAAUGGUUUCCGAAAGGACCUUUUUCAAAUGGUAGCAGAUUUGAAGCCAAGAUUUCUUAGAUUCCCCGGUGGUUGUUUUGUUGAAGGAGAUUAUCUUAAAAACGCAUUUCGGUGGAAAGAAACGGUUGGACCAUGGGAGGAUAGACCGGGACACUUAAAUGAUAUUUGGAAUUAUUGGACUGAUGAUGGAUUGGGUUAUUUUGAGGGCCUCCAAUUAGCUGAGGAUCUUGGUGCAUUACCAAUAUGGGUCUUUAACAAUG